UGCAAGAUAGAAACACUUGACGGACCGAGACGGAGUCAGUCACUGGCCGGACAUCGCUGCCCUUCACCGACGGAUCACACCCAAAACCAGAGUCCGGACCGCGAGGAUAAAGAUGGAGCUCAGAGAGAAAGAACCCCAAGCUUGGAGACCAACGAGAGUGGCGGAGCAGCGGAAGGAAGAGUUGCAGCACCUGAAGAGUAUUUCCGAGGUGGGCUGGAGCUGAUCCAGAGCCAGCCCACUUCUCUCUCUCUCUCUCUCUCUCUCUCUCUCUCUCACACACACACACACACACACACACACACACACACACACACACACACACACACACACAAUGAUAAUGAGAAGAAGAAUCCCGUGAACAGCAUUUAGUUGAUGCUUGUAGAUUUGUCAGACUUCCUGUUUCUAAAGUUUCAUCAUCAUUUGUCCAUGUAGCUGCAGGGACUCAUUAAAAUUAUCAGGAUUAAAUUAGCACUGAUUCCAACUCCAUUAGGAGAAAUAAUUAUGUUACUUUUAGAUUAAAAAUGAAAACAAAUUUAGAUGUUUUUAACUCGUCUAACUGCCUCAUUUUCAAACCCAGAGUCACAGAUAUGUAAAAACUCAGAAGAAGGACAAUCGGAUGUCAAUACAUUUAAAAAUAACAAACAUGGACUAAAAUAAUCCAGCAUUAAUGUCAGAUUAUUACUCUGUCUGCAGACUACUACAGGAUGAUUGACAGCAAAACAACAGAAAAAACAAAAACAAGGUUUUUACUGGGACAGGCAUUCCCCCCUACCCCCAUCCCUUUAUAUGACCAUCCAGUCAUAUCAUCCAGUCAUUUUUUUUUAUUUUUAUUUUUUAUGAUAUUAUGUAUUGCAGAUGAUGAAAUCCACUCAUUCUGUCAGACUCGACACUCAGGAAUUAUUGAGAAACUGUUAAACGAUUAGCUCACGCAGUCUCUCCCAGAGUGGUGGACAUCUGCCUCCUCACUGGGUGAAACCUCUCAGAGAACAGCACCCUCUGGUGACGGGCUGCCGAAUAGGUCAUAAAUCUCGCCUCCUCCAGCAAACUUAAUGGAGUUGUGGACAACCUUUAGAAAUUAAUACAGAAUAUAAAAUUUUCUCCACCCUGGCUGAGACGUUGACAUGGGGCUCUAUUUUCGUGUCCGCCGGGGACACGGCAGAGGGUGGCAGACCCCACGCAGUGAUAUUUUCAUCUGGCAGAGCCCGACGUACAUCCAGUUUGGUAUUUUCAUGGACUGAGGCACACUGAGGUCCACCAAGCUGGGCGCGGUGGCGUGGCAGGGGGGGUGUCAACAGAAAUAGCUGGUGCAGUGACAUUUUCGUGCUCGCCGGUGGCGUAUAAAGUGCGCACAUUUCAGUGCAAUAAAUAAUCAACAACAACUAAUAAUCUGAGUCAGCACAUACAUUUAGAUCUAUACAGAUAUAUGCUGAUCUAUAUCUGAUCUCAUGAGCGCGUUUGGCACGCAUUUGGACACUCAACUUGACCAAAUCAACACAGCUGAAAUUGCAAUAAAUUAAAUUAAAUAUCUAGUAAAUAGACACACAUGAUGAAGUGAACAAGAUAUGGAAUUCGUCUCCCUCCUUCUCUUCCUUCCUCUUCCUCUUAUUUCUCGCGCAGCUCGACCUGGACAUGUCCCCGUGUCCUCUCCCCGUCCUGCUGCUGCGGUGGCUGAACAGAUGAUUUGUUUCAGUGAUCAGGGGCCUCAUGUAUCAACGCUGGCGGCGCCAGAAAACCUUGCGUACGCCAAAAUCGGCGCACACGUCCAGAUUUAUCAUCGCGAAACGAGCGUCGGUUCCAGCGCUAAUCAACGCAAAGUGAGGAGGUGGUGUAGAAGUUGGCGUUGAGCCGAUACUUGCGUUGACUGUGAUUCGCACUUUGGCGACACUGUGUGGCGGUGUUUGGUGACUCACUAUGUGACAAGUGUGCACCACAUCCCCGUGGCCGAGCAGCACGUCGCCCCACAUGACGAACCAGCAGCAGACGGAGGGAUGCGAGCUGAUCCCUGCCGGGCCGCCGUCCUCGCGCGGGAGAAACUCAUCGCCACAGUGUGAAUGGGUAAGAAGUGAAUACACAGUUUAAUGAGCCAAAUUAAUUUAUUUUCUCCACCAGACGCUCGAGGACAUUUACGAGCCGGUCCAGCCGCUCGUUGAUCCCCGCAAUCCCCCUGAUGAUUUCUUCCUGCGAUUGCAGGACCCCCUCCGCGAGGACCCUUCCACUGCGUCCGGGUGGUCCAGCGGAAGCGCCGCGGCUGGUGGACGCUCCACCGCUUGUCGGCGCGCUGGUGCUGAUGCUGGUGCUGGUGUUGGGGGCCGGGGUGGCCCGAAUACCGCUGGUCCUGGCCGACGACUCCAAGCCGGCGACACGGCCGACACAUUGAUUUCUGUGACACAAUAAAAAUAUUGGUUCAUUUCAAUUCCUGCUUCUGUGUAUCUGUUGCGUUUACAUCUCUCUCCACGGUAUCAUAGGUAAUGUAAUCCAGUAUUUCGAGGUCAGUUAUGCACAUUACAGUUGUUUAUUGCAUAAAAAGUUAUCGAAAAAUGAAG